CUAAAAAAAUCCAGUGGCUCUGAACACACCAGAUUCUCUUACCUCCAAUGGCUUCUCUUCACCUUCUUCAACCUCUCACUUUUCUCUCUUCCCAUUCUGCCCCUCUCUCUUCCCAAUGUUCCCAUCCAAUCCGCUUCAAACCCUCCUUUGCCCCAAAGCCCCUUUCACCAAAACCCCUCACUCUUUCCUUUGCUCUCGCCGAAUCCGACUCCGCCAAGUCCUUAGAACCCGACCCCCAAGUUCUCCUUCAAGAACUGGCCGACAGUUUUGAUCUCUCGCGAGAUUACUUCGAAAAACUUCCCCGUGAUCUUCGUCUUGAUCUCAAUGAUGCUGCGUUCGAUCUCUCUAAUGGACCCGUUAUUGAUGAGUGUGGUCAAGAAAUGGGAGAAAUAUUGCUAAAUCUCUCUCGAGCAUGGGAAGUAGCUGACACCUCCACUUCACAUACUUUAGUAAGCAAGCUCCCCUCGUUGGUGCAAUCUUUGACCGAAAAUUACAAGUCAGGACUUGGCAAGCGUUUGAUAUCUGCUGGAAGAAGGUUCCAAUCAAUGGGACAGUACGGUCAGGGCGAACUACAGAAGAUUGCCAAAGCAAUGAACACAACUGGAAAGCUUCUGUCUGCAUCAUCUGCUCCGAAAGUGGCCGAACAGCCGAAGGAUGAAACCAGAAUGUUUAAGUUCGGAGAGCUUCAAGUUGAACUGACUGCCGAUAAGGCGAACAUCGGUGCAGCAAUCGGUGUCGUAUUUGGAGUAAUUUCAUGGCAACUGGGUCAGGGCGUUCAGAGCAUUCCUGAGAGUUCUCUGCAGUAUGCAAAUGAUAAUGCUUUACUUCUAGCCAAGUCUUUGAGAGGCGCUCUACUGGCGGUUUCAUACUCGUCGGCGGUUUUGUCUGCUUUUACUGCUGUGGGAUUAGUCUUACUUGCUAGACAACUUAAAUCAAAGGAAGAGAUUUGGAACAACAAUUUGAUUAGCCAAUCAAAUUGGUUCAUCUAUCCAAGUGGGAUCAUAUUGGAGCAUUUCACUUUCAAAAAUAAAGUUCCAUUUAUGAACAUUGUGGGUGGUCACGGUCAUGUUUGUUCUAAAUAUGUUGUCUGUAACCGCAUGUCGGAUGUUUCGGUCAUGCUUGUCUAGGACGUGCUGUCCAUGGUCGGAUAUGCAUUCCAAACCCUCUUUUACUUGCUUUCAUGUUAAAUAAGUGUUAAAUAUUUCCUUGUGUCAAUACGGAGGUGUUGUGUCAAAAUGUACUUGUUGUUGUCCCCAUCAAGGCUAAAAUGCCCAAAAAUGUACUAGUUGUCAAAUCUUUCUGGUUAUAUGCUAUUAAAGUUGUUGUUGCUA